GACAUACCACCUGAAAAACAACUUAGUGCAACAAAGGAUAUACCACCUAUCAAACCUCUUAGUGCAAUAGCGCAUCGAAUGUUUCAUCCACCAAAGUUGGAAAGGAAGCAUAGCAGUGGUGAUUUGCAUAGCAGAUUAAAAACGAGAAAAAUUCUCGGUGUCGGUGAAACAGACAAUGGAGAUAUUCACAGAUCAAAGAUUAGCCAGUUACUCGGACACAACGAGCACCUGUACGUGAAAUUUCCUCGCGGGUUUUGGUUGUGGCACCUGUCAAUGGCACUAGCGUUCACUUUGCUGGGUUUCAAAAAUAUGUUCUUUCCUGGAGAAUCCUCAGCAGAAUCUCAAACUGAAGAAACUUCUAACACUACUGAAGAUGGUGAUUUGUCCACAAGACUUUAUGGUUCUAUGUUGCUUGUAAUGGCUUUCUUGUUAUGGUCUUUUUGGGGAACAAUGGACAAAGGUAUUGCUAGAACAAUGUUGCUUGCUAUCGCACUUUGUCAGUUCCUGCAAGUAGUAGCUAUCCUUUCUUCUGAAUGGGGAUAUGUGUGGAACUGGCGUACUUUAACACAGCUGUUGCUACGUACAUUUCUUAUCCUACCAAACGGUUACUUCUACCGGAACAUCGGAUUUUGUGGCUUGAGAAUGCGAAAGUCCACUUCUUUCAACAACUUGAGAGACUGCGUUUACAACAGCAACUCCAGUACUAACAGUGGUUUCAAGAAAUCAGACUGAACUAAAGCGUUCUUACUCGAUUAUUUAAAUGUGAAAUAUGUCUGUGUGGUUGUUUAAAAAUCUUGGAAACUAUCCCGAAGUGGUUAGGUACAAGAUCAUUUUGCCUCGAAUGUGUUUAAACCAAGUGCUCCACCAUGACUUAAUUUUUUUUACAUCGGUAUAGUUUGAGGAUACUUAAGAGAGUUUAUUUUUAUCAUUUUUAUUUUCAGACAUUUUUUUUUGCCAUAAUACAUUGAAUAUUCUUUACAGUUUUAAAGCGAUUUUUUCUUCAGAUUUCUUCAAAAAGAAAAUUUCUUAUUUUGGGUGCCUGCGUGGAUUUUUUCCCCCAUAGAAGAUCGUAUUAUUACCAAAUAAAAGCAUUAUUAUUUCUAUUGCGUAAAUUUAUAAUUUUGUCUAUUAAACUCUUCCAAAAAUGUCAUUUUUACUAGU